CGACUUCGCCACUUGCGAGUCAUCUCGUCCGCAGGGCGGCCUGUUGUUUACCUAUAUAAGCUCUAGAGGCCUACAGUCCUCCGGUAUUCCUAAAAUCGGCAGAGAUGUCUUUCCCCUCGCACGAUCUCACUGCUCCCUUCAACUUCCCUAGAGAGGAGGAAAAGGUCAUCGCCUACUGGAGAGAGAUCGACGCCUUCCAGACAAGCUUAAAGCUCUCUGAGGGCCGCCCCGAGUACACUUUUUACGAUGGUCCGCCGUUUGCGACGGGAUUGCCACAUUAUGGCCAUUUGCUUGCUGGGACCAUUAAGGAUAUCGUAACAAGGCACGCGCACGUCAGCGGACACCACGUUACAAGACGUUUUGGCUGGGACACGCAUGGUCUGCCCGUCGAACACGAAAUUGAUAAAAAACUCGGCAUCACUGGACGCGAAGACGUUACGAAGAUGGGAAUCGACAAGUACAACGCCGAAUGCCGCGCCAUCGUCAUGCGCUACUCGUCUGAAUGGCGGGCAACCGUUGAGCGCAUGGGCCGCUGGAUCGAUUUUGACAACGAUUACAAGACGCUCAAUAUCUCCUUCAUGGAGAGCGUGUGGUGGGCAUUCAGCGAGCUGUUCAAGAAGGGCUUCGUCUACCGUGGUCAGAAGGUCAUGCCCUAUUCGACUGGUUGCUUGACUCCGCUGUCGAACUUUGAAGCUGGUCUUGCUUACAAGGACGUCAGCGACCCUGCCGUCACUGUCUCUUUCCCUCUUGUUGACGAUCGCAAGACAUCGCUUUUGGCUUGGACAACCACCCCGUGGACACUGCCCUCCAAUCUCGCGCUUUGUGUCCACCCAGACUACACUUACAUCAAGAUCCACGACGAGCAGCACGACCAGAACUUCAUUUUACAUGAGAAUUUGCUCAAGACGCUCUACAAGGAUCCGAAAAAGGCCAAAUUCAAGAAGCUCGCUACCUUCAAGGGCGCUGACAUGAAGGGUUGGCGCUACGUCCCACUUUUCGAAUACUUCACCGAGCAGUUCGAGGAUCGUGCGUUCCGCGUCGUCUGCGAUACAUACGUUACCGCCGAGGAUGGUACCGGUGUCGUUCACCAGGCGCCCGCGUUUGGUGAGGACGAUCACCGCGUCUCCCUCGAAAACGGUGUACUCCGCGCGGACGAGAUGCCACCGUGCCCCAUAGAUGACGCAGGCCGCUUUACCAAGGAGGUCUCCGACUUCGCCGGCCAGUAUGUCAAGACUGCGGACAAAGACAUCCAGAAGGUGCUCAAGGUCAAAGGCCGCCUCAUUGUCCAGUCGACACUCAACCACUCGUACCCGUUCUGCUGGCGGUCUGGCACUCCGCUCAUCUAUCGCGCCAUCCCGGCCUGGUUCGUGCGCGUAACGCCGUUUGUGGACCAGCUCGUGGAGAACAACAAGCAGACGCGCUGGGUGCCGCAGAACGUGGGCGACAACCGAUUUGGAAAUUGGCUCGCGAACGCGCGCGACUGGAACAUAUCCCGAAAUCGAUAUUGGGGCACGCCGAUCCCUCUCUGGGCGAGCAAAGACCUCGAGGAGAUCGUUUGCGUAGGCUCUGUCGAGGAGCUUGAGCGGCUCUCGGGCGUAACUGGUAUCACGGACCUCCACCGUGACAAAAUUGACCACAUCACGAUCCCAUCGCAGAAGGGCAAGGGUGUCCUCCGUCGCGUGGAAGAGGUCUUCGACUGCUGGUUCGAGUCCGGGAGCAUGCCAUACGCUCAACAACACUAUCCCUUCGAGAACAAGGACAAGUUUGAGAAUGGUUUCCCAGCAGACUUCGUAUCUGAGGGCAUUGACCAAACCCGUGGUUGGUUCUACACCCUGCUCGUUCUUUCGACACUCUUAUUCGACAAGGCGCCGUGGAAGAAUCUUAUUGUCACCGGUCUUGUCCUCGCCGCGGACGGCAAAAAGAUGAGCAAGAGUCUGAAGAACUACCCGGACCCAAAUCUCAUCAUAAAUGAGUACGGUGCGGACGCGACGCGCAUGUUCCUUGUCAAUUCCCCCAUCGUGCGCGGCGACAACCUCCGUUUCCGCGAGGAAGGCGUCCGGGAGGUUAUCUCGCGCGUGCUCCUACCAUGGCUGAACGCAUUCCGAUUCUUCCUUGGGCAAGUGCAGCUGCACCGCAAGACGGGCUCGUUUGACUUCCAGUACAACGCGCACGCGCCGGUGUCGAAUAAUGUCAUGGAUCGGUGGAUUCUCGCGCGCUGCCAGUCGCUCAUCAAGCUCGUGCGCCAGGAGAUGGCCGCGUACCGGCUGUACACAAUCAUCCCGCGACUGCUCGACCUCGUCGACGAGCUCACGAACUGGUACAUCCGCUUCAACCGCCAGCGUCUAAAGGGCGAGGACGGCCGCGAGGACACGAUUGCGGCGAUGAACACGCUCUUUGAGACACUCUUCACGCUUUGCCGCACCAUGUCCUCAUACACACCUUUCCUAACCGAGAACAUCUACCAGUCCCUUCGGUCAUUCAUCCCUGAGGACCCCGCCGCUGGUGACGCCCGCUCGGUUCACUUCCUGCUUUUCCCCGCGGUCAAGGAAGAGUACUUUGACGAGGUCAUCGAACGCCAAGUUAAACGCAUGCAGACUGUCAUCGAGCUCACGCGUGUACUCCGUGAGAGGCACAACCUCUCGCUCAAGACGCCGCUCAAAGAGCUGCUCGUGUUCCACCCCGACCAAGAAUGGUUAGACGACGCGCGCUCGCUGCAGCGUUAUAUCCAGUCUCAGCUCAAUGUGCGCGACGUCAUCUUCACCUCGGACGAGGCGCAAUCGGGCGUGCGCUACCGCGCAGUGGCGGAUUGGCCCGUGCUGGGGCGCAAGCUGCGAAAGGACAUCGGGCGCGUGAAGAACGCAUUGCCGAACGUCCCGAGCGAGGCUAUUAAGCGCUACCGCGAGACAGGCACGCUUGUCGUCGACGGCAUCGAGCUCGUCGAGGGCGACCUCGCCGUGCAGCGCUACAUUGAGCUCCCCGCAGGCGCGGAGGCGCAGUUCGCGACGAACACGGACAACGACGUCGUCGUCCGGCUCGACAUCCAGAUCCACCUCGAGCUCGUCGGCGAGUGGCUCGCGCGCGAACUCGUCAAUCGCGUGCAGAAGCUCCGCAAGUCCGCCGGUCUGCAGGCGACAGACGACGUCGACGUGUUCUACGUCUUCGAGAAUGAAGACGCCGCGGCAGACAUCGCCCAGGCGAUGCAGGAGCACGGGGAUAGGAUCCACCGCACCGUGCGUAGCGUGCUCAAGCCCGCCGGGGAACGCCAUGCGCGCCAGGAGUUGCUCAUCGAGGAGGAAGUCGAAAUCGCGGAUACAAAGCUCACGCUAUCGCUCGCGCGCCUGCUGAUCGUUGACAAUGCGUAGAUUACAAAGUAACAAAAAUGUACUAUACUAUAUGUGCUCAUAGAAUACAAGUUUCUGGAGGCUC